GUGUUUGCCUUAAGAUGAGACAGCAGGGUGAAACUUGGUUGACGUAGCCCAGCAACAUCGUAUCAAAGUUGAUUAGCAGUAAUUUUGGCUAACUCGGUACCUUUUUUCUAAACGAUAACUUUAUAUAUAGCCGUCGACAGAAGAAAGUACACUUUGUAUUUUUAUUUGUUGGUUUCUGGGAGUCUUUAACGCAUGAAGCGCGUAGUAGUGAAGCGCUCGUGAUCAACUGAUGCAUCAAACAAAGUUUUUUUUGACGUCGUAGUAAAUAUAAUAGCACCGUGUGGUUUUCCAGAACAGCAUAACGUCUUUAUUUCUGAAAACACUGACUUGUUAAUAAGCCGGUAAGAAGAUUAAAGCCAUGUCGGGUAGAGAGGACGAGUAUGACUAUCUAUUUAAAGUGGUUCUGAUUGGUGACUCGGGUGUGGGCAAGAGUAACCUUCUCUCUCGCUUCACCCGCAAUGAGUUCAACCUGGAGAGCAAAAGCACCAUCGGGGUGGAGUUUGCCACACGCAGCAUCCAUGUGGAGGGCAAGACCGUCAAGGCCCAGAUCUGGGAUACAGCUGGACAGGAGAGAUACAGAGCCAUCACAUCAGCGUAUUACAGAGGUGCUGUAGGAGCCCUGCUGGUCUAUGACAUUGCCAAGCAUCUGACCUAUGAGAACGCCGAGCGCUGGCUGAAAGAGCUGCAGGAUCAUGCUGACAGCAAUAUUGUCAUCAUGUUAGUAGGGAACAAAAGUGACCUGCGUCAUCUGCGGGCCGUUCCUAUGGAUGAAGCCAAAGCAUUUGCAGAGAAACAUGGACUUUCUUUUCUGGAAACCUCAGCGCUGGACUCUUCUAAUGUUGAACUUGCCUUUCAGACCAUUCUUACAGAAAUCUACCGUAUCGUGUCCCAGAGGCAGAUGUCAGGGCGCAGCGAUGAUGGCUUCUCCCCCAGCUCAAAAGUGGUUCCCAUUACCGUGCAGCCCACACAGAAUUCGGGCAAGCAGGGCGCCUGCUGUCAGAAUAACUGAGCUGCCACUGCGCCACCAUGGGAUCCGGGAAAAUCGGCAACUUUGUUGGGCUGGGCUGAAAGGUUGACCAUGACAGUUGUAUUCCCUCUGCGUGAUGUGUUUAACAUAUGUAACGGACUUGCUUAGUUAUGCCCAGAAUAAGUGAUUAAUAAUCUUCAAAAUUGGAGAACAAGAGAUGCUGAAAUUGAAUGGAUCAAGGAUUUUCUCAGAACUGAGAGGCCAUGCUUCAUGUUUCAGACUAAUUAGAAAUGAGCAGUUAGCUGGGAUGCUCAGACGUGGCUGCUCUUUUUAUUUUAUCCCUGCACUUUUUGCCUCAGACAUUCUGCUUACAAACAAUGGGCUGAAGAACAAGAAAAAGUGCUUAGAAUGCAUAAUGCUUCAUUUAAGUAUCUCUUGAAUGGUUUCUGAUCACAAUGGGGAUUCACUUGUGAAUUCAUAUUUUUUUUCCUUUAGUGGGCCAGCGCAGAAGUAGUCUGACAUCUUUUCCAUGCAUCUCAACACCUGAGAAAUUCAAACUGUGGUCAUCAUAGCCACCUGUUCGCUCAAUUCUUACAUUGUAACGGCAUGUCUUGCAUUUAUUGAACGCAAAUAUGAUCUUGUUGUUCUGUGUUUUUUUUUUUCUGCUUUCUUUUCUUGUCAUGCUUUUAUCCAUCACUAGAUUAUUGAUCGGAAUUUCUCAAGGGUUUCUCCUUCCAGUCAUGGCACUCAUUUGUACAAGCGCUGGGAGUGUUUUCUGUGGAUCAGAGUAAUGUUAAUGGCUGUAGUGUUUAAUAAGAGUAUAGUAUAUUCAGAUUUAGGGUUGGGAAUCGUUGACUAGUUCUUAAAGUAUCUGAUUAUUUCUAUGACACUUGAUUCGGUUAACGGUUCUUGAGCAUAUGCAUUCUAAGUCUGUUAUUUCUUAUGAUAAAAUAUGCAAAAUAGAACCACUUUAAAGUUUUUGUUGUCAUAAUGAAGCAACCUAUUUCUUCUCAGCUGUGUUAAAAUCAGCAUUGACCUUUCAGGCAUAUUAUUUUUUGUUUCCAAACAUUUAAAAGUAUGAAAACACACCAUUUGUGGUAUACUUGUCACUUGUGUGGUGCUUUCUCUCCCCUAAAAAUUAUAUGAUUAUUUCUUGUUAUUAUUAUAUAAAUUUAUGAAUUGUUCCAUGUUCCAAACAUUCUCCAUUCUUAAUUUUUCUUCUUCAAAUUACUAAAAGUAAGUGCUUAGAAUCAUAAAGAUAUAGUUCAUCCAAUCAUAUUGUCUUAUAAUUUACUCCAAUUAGGACACAAUUUUUGAUUUUGUAUGAACUAUUUCUUUAAAUCACAACGAUUCCCAUCCCUACUUGGAGCACCGAUGUGGGUCAGAUAUUUUUUUAAUUUAUUUUUUUUGCUUUAUGACUUUAUUAUGAUGGAAAUUUGAAGAAUUAUUUUUGCUUUAGCUGGUUUCUGGGUGUUGUCUUUGGCUAAAAGCUUUUUUUUUUCUGCUUGGAAAAUGAGCGGCAGGUGGGAUGCAGUUCACAAAGAGGAGCUUCUAUGAUUGGGUACACUGACCAUAUUAUAUCGCAAGGCAGGGAAACUGAUGGCUUGUGAUGUACUGCUGAGGUUUUCUUACUGGAAGUGAAUUCCUCACUGGCCACCCUUGUUAUCUGCUACAUGUAACCCGAAGAGCAGCUGGUCUCUUGAGAUCUCCCUCUCUGUCCUGGCUUUUCUGUCUUCUACUGCUUUUGGUGUGGUAUUAUCUUUUUCAUAUGUGUUCUGCGACAUUUAGAUCCUCCGGAUGGAACAGCUGGGGUCGUGUUUUUGGCUUUGUCUUGUCAUUUGAUUAAAGACAUGAGGUGCUUCCCUAAAUGCCUUGCCUGUAAGAUUUAUGCUAAUGCCAUCAAUCUGUUAUGCUGAAUAUCAGGCGUUUAGCUGGAGUCAUUGAUAAUUACUGCUUUGGGAAGAUUCUGUCAUCGUGCCUGUUCUUCUCCCAGUGGGACUCCUGAAUAAAGGCUCUGAAUACUGCAAA